AUGCUCCCCUUCGUCGCGCCGACGACGAGCGCACCGAGCACCGACUACGCCUCGUCGUCCGCCUCGGCCUCGACCAGCCGCACCGGCAGCCCGCAGGUGCGCUCGCGCGCCCUCGACGACUCGGUCGUCGUCGACCUCGUCGACCCGACCCUCUCGUCGUCGCGCCCCUCGACCGACUCGGACCCGUACGACUCGAGCAACGAGGGCGCAUCGAGCAGCCUCGCCGGCUCGAGCGUCCGCAGCCGCUCGGCGCGCACCUCUGCGAGCGGCAUCUCCGGCGCCGGCGCUCUGGGCCACAGCGCGUCGGGCGCCUCGCUCGCGUCGACCUCGGCCGCGAGUGCAGCCGGCCACUCGGUGCACUAUGGCGGGUGGGCCACGCCCGACGACGGCCUCGGCGCCCUGUACUCGUACGGCGCGAGCAGCCGAGUGUCGAGCAGGGCCAACAGCCCGGCCCCGACGCCCGACGGCCUCGAGGGCUACCUGUCGUACCGCACCACGAGCCGCAACCGCAGUCGCAACCCGUCCGGCACCCACACGCCCGUCGACAGCAAGGAGCCGCUCCACGGUCCCGAGUACUACCACAACCACCACUACCAGACGUCGGCCCUGUUGCGCAAGCUCGGCGGCACGCUCGCGCCCGAGACGUCGCCCGUCCUCGGCCGCAAGCAGCGGAAACCGGGCUGGUGGGCGCGGCGAGCCGAGACGCGGCGCAAGCUGAGCGUCUCGCACGGCUCGUCGUCGGGCGCACCGCUCCUCGGGCCGACGGGCUCGAGCAAGACGGGCCGCGACCGGUCGUGCUUCUCGACCUUCAUCGCCGCCCUCCUCCGCCAACCUUGGUUCCCGACCCAGCCCUUCACCAUCCUGUUCUCGUUCCUCCUCCUCGGCUGUUUCGCCGCCACGCUCACCACCUUCCUCGUCAACGUCCUGUCGUCGGACCGCGAGCCGCCACCUUGGCGCCAGUACUGCCAGGAGCAGCGCCCGUUCCCGCACGACCUCGCCGACGCGCUCAAGCCCGUCAACGUCUUUGUCGGCGUCUUCUCGGUCGACGCGGCGGCCGACCGCCGCAACGCCAUCCGCCUGUCGUACGCCAAGCACACCAAGCCCGUCGACCCGCGCACGGGCAAGCCGGCGCAAAACGUCCAGCUCAAGUUCAUCCUCGGGCGCCCGCGCGCCAAGUGGGCCAAGCGCAUCGCGCUCGAGAUGGAAAUGUUCAACGACAUGGUCGUCCUCGACGUCGAGGAAAACAUGAACAAGGGCAAGACGUUCCGGUACUUUGAGUGGGCGAGCGAGAACGCGACCGUGCCCGUCUACUACUCGCGGCCCGGGGACGCCGGGCUCGUCGACGGCGUGCGCCAGGUCGGCGUCGGCUUCAAGCGCGCCGACUACGUCGUCAAGGCCGACGACGACGCGUUCAUCGUCCUGAGCGAGCUCGAGCGGCACCUGCGCAUCACGCCGCGCGAGAACACGUACUGGGGCUACCUCAUCCGCCAGCGCUUCAUGGCCGGCGAGGUGUACGCCCUCUCGAACGACCUCGUCCAGUACGUCGCGACCUACCCUCGGCCCAAGUCGUGGCGCAUCGGCAAGGAGGACCAGCGCGUCGCCAAGUGGAUGCGCAACCACCCGAACGCGUCGUCGAUCCACUGGAUCACCGAGCGCUGCCAGAUCUACGACCACCCAAAGGCCGGCACGACCUACUCGCGCGGCUUCACCUUCCCCGACCACCUCGAGCAGGUCCGCCUCGAGGGUCGGCGCGGCAUCACCGAGGACGAGCGCAUGCGUCGCGGCGGCGAGCUGUGGCAGAGCUACUCGACCGUGUCGACGUGGAAGCGCCCGUACUCGCCGCCGGCCUCGGGCCUCUCGAUCGAGGAGGAGGUCGAGGCGCUCGUCGAGGGCGGCGGUCGGUGGGCCACCCAGGGCUGGCGCAGCGACUCGGGUCGCGGGCCCGAGGCCGUCAAGCUCGAGCGCGUCCUGUUCUCGCCCGCCGACGCCCGCCUCACCGACCCGUCCUACCCGACCGGCCAUCACCCGGCCGCCGCCGCUCCAGCCACCGCAGAUGACCUGUCGUCCGCGACGGGCGUGCGCCCCGGUGCGCCCGACCGCAGCGCCGUCAUCCCGAGCGCGCGCACGACCCGCUUCGGCAAGGACCUGUUCCGCGACCCCGAGGGCGUGCGCGCCGUGUCGCACCUGCGCAAGCGCGCCGCCAACGUCCAGCAGGGGCCGACGAGGGCACCGCUCGACGAGGGCGAGUACGAGAUCUUCAACCUCGCGCGAGGGCCGUUCGAGGACGGGCCGACGCCCGAGGCGCCCGCGGGCGGCGCCGACGCGACGGCGGCCAACUCGAGCAGCUCGUCGGGCACGGCGUUGUCGUCCGGGUCCACCUCAUCCUCGUCGUCGUCGUCGUCGGCGGCGGCCGAGGAGGACCCGGCGUACGUCAACGAGCCGACGGCGCAGAUCCGCCUCGGCCAGCACGCCUACGCGCUCCCGUCGUACGACGAGCGGUUCCUCCCCGCGCCGACGCUCCGGUUCGAGCCGUCGACGCUCGCGCUGCGCAGCCAGCGCAUGCUCGGCCUCGCGCACGGCGGCACCGUCGCCGUGCACUACCUCAAGCGCAACGAGUGGUUCUUCGAGACGGCCCUCGCCCUCAUCGGCCGCGACAAGAUGUGGGACGGCGGCGUCGACGCACCGGCGUACCUGGGCUCGCCGUACGAGCACAACGAGCUCCUCCAGCCGUACGCCGCCGACCCGCUCGCGCUCUCGGCCCUCCCGCCACCCGGCGCGCACUCAUCGUCGUCGUCGGGCGUCGGUGGCGCCACCACUGCCGACGACGUCGUCGAGCUCGAGGUAUUCCCCGCGCUGUGGGGCGGCGCGCGCAUGUACGGCAGCCCGAUCGUGACCCCGGACGGCAUGGUCGUCGAGGGCCGCCGGGCAGAGGCCAACCGCGAGCGGCUCGUCGCUGGGUCGACGGGCGCCAAGAGGGGCGCGGCGGCGAGGGCACGAGGGGCGGCGUCGGCGCCGGCGGUCGAGGCGGCGGCGGCGGCGAGGGCGGGCAGGCUUGGGCGCGUGACGGGCGGCGGGAGGGGCCCGCUCGUCAUGGUGGCCGAGAUGGACGGCGUCAGCAUCGAGGUCGGCGGCGGCGAGGACGUGGACGAUGACGAGGCGCCGGCGUCGAGCGCCGAGCCGAGCUUCGUCGACCUGUCGUCGUCGUCGGCGGCGAUGUCGAGUGAGGCGGCGUCCUCCUUCGCCAAGUCGUCUUCUCCGCCCGCAUCCUCGUCGUCCACGGACGCUUCGUCGGCCUCGUCGGCGUCUUCUGCAUCCUCGGCGUCGACGGUCGAUGAAGCCGCCUCGGCGUCGUCGUCCUCGUCGGCCUCGUCGGCCUGAGCGCCCGGGCCACUCAUGCGCUCAUGCUCCCCUCGAUACCCUCCCACCCCAGCCGCACCAUACCCAUUCGCCCCUACCUCCUGCGCCUACUCUUGCGCUCGCUGUACCACCCUGUCUUCCCCC